AUGGCGUCCAGACCCAUUCGGAUUGCAGGUGCUUCUGGCUCUGCGUCUGAUCGUCGACAUGCCGUUUCCUCGUUUGCAAGAUCGUAUCCUACAGAUCCUGUCGAUGUCAUCAUAUGUGACUUCAUGUCCGAAGCCAAUAUGACGGUAGCGGCAGGUCGGAAGAUGGACCAGCAAGGCAGCAAAACUUCUGAUCCAAAUCCGAUGCUGGGUGGCGGUCCUGCUUUCGAACCAUCCUUCUUGGAAGCUCUCGAACCUGCGCUAGAGGAUCUUGCCAAGUACAAGAUCAAACUCGCGGCCAAUGCUGGUAAUGCCGACACCGAGGCAUUGUACACGACUGUUUGUGAGAUGGUCAAGAACAAGGGCCUAGAUAUCCCCGUGGCAUGGAUCUCCGGCGAUGAAGUCCUCCCCGCUAUCAACGCCGGAUUACAAGACGGCUCUUCAAAAUUCAAGAACAUCUACACUGGCGCUAUCUUGUCAUCGUGGGAAUUUGAGCCAAUAUACGCCCAUGCGUAUCUGGGUGGGCUGGGAAUCGCUGAAGCUUUUGCACAAGGAGCUCAGAUUGUUGUCUGUGGACGUGUCGCUGAUGCUUCUCCUGUUAUCGGCUCAGCGUACUGGUUUCACGGGUGGGAACGUUCCCAAUUGAACGAAUUGGCCAACGCCUUUGUGGCCGGUCACCUCAUAGAGUGCUCGAACUAUGUCACUGGAGGCAACUUUAGUGGUUUCAAAGCCAUUGAGCAUUCACCCCAGGGAUGGGUCGAUAUAGGUUAUCCUAUCGCUGAGAUAUCCAAAACUGGGUCCGUGGUAAUCACCAAGCAGAAAAACUCGGGUGGUGUUGUGUCGAUACACACGUGCUCGUCACAAUUGCUGUACGAAAUUCAAGGCCCGUGGUAUUUCAAUUCAGAUGUCACUGCAGUCCUGGACCAACUCUGGUUUGAGCAGCUCGCACCCGAUCGUGUCGCUCUACACGGUGUACAAGGACUUCCGCCACCACCGACGACCAAAGUUGGUCUCACUGCCCGCGGAGGCUUCCAAGCUGAAGCAUUCUAUUUUAUGACAGGUUUAGAUGUCGACGAGAAAGCACGGAUGACAGAAGCGCAAAUUCGAAACGGUCUGAAGCCGUAUUCCGACAAGUACACAACCCUGGCAUUCAACGUGUUGGGCCGACCGCUGCCGGACGCGGACAAUCAAAACGCAGCGACGUCAGUGUUCCGCGUGUUCGCUCAGGCACGCAGAGCAGACGACAUUGCGCCAGCCAAAUUCUUGAGACCAGUGAUUGACAACAUCAUGGAAGGAUAUCCGGGGGCUACAUUCCAUCUGGAUUUCCGUAUGGGCCUUCCGAAGCCUUAUUUUGAAUACUACGUCACAUUGUUGGAUCAGUCCAAGGUGGCACACAAGGUGCAUUUCGAGGGCGAGGAGACGCUGAUUCCACCACCGACGGUGUCCAAGGUCUUCCCAGAGAGACAACCCAGCCAGGCCAUGGCGACCUUGCAGAUCGAUCUAUCCAAAUUCGGACCAACGGAGCGACUCCCACUAGGAACGAUUGUCAAUGCCCGCUCCGGAGACAAGGGCGCAGAUUGUAAUUGUGGGUUUUGGGUCAGGAAUGAGGAUGAGUUUGUGUGGUUGAAGAAUUUGUUGUCGGUUGAGACCAUCAAGACUCUGCUUGGCAAGGAGUACGAUACUUCGAGAGUGCCAAAGAUUGAAAUCGACCGUUUCGAACUGCCGAAUUUGCGAGGCGUGCACUUUUUGUUUAGGAAUUUGUUAGACAGAGGGGCGAACAGUACGGCGACCGUCGACUUUCUAGGGAAGAAUACGGCAGAAUAUUUACGGUCUAGGUACGUCGACAUCCCGACAAGAUUCCUCGCGAGAGGGAAGUUGUGA